UUAUCGAAUACUUUUUAAAUUCGGAACGCCGCCGUCUAUGGUAAAUUUGCGGACUUUAGCUGAAAGAAGCCUGUGAAAGAAUCCUCUAGAAAGUAGGCAGAAUCUCCGGUAUCAAAAUCUUUUCGUGAUAAUUUGUUCUCUUCUCGUAGAAAAACAAAACUAGACAAGAUGUGCGACCGCAAGGCAGUGAUCAAGAAUGCUGACAUGAGCGAGGAGAUGCAGCAGGAUGCUGUGGACUGCGCUACGCAGGCCCUCGAGAAAUUCAACAUUGAGAAGGACAUAGCGGCCUUCAUCAAGAAGGAGUUUGACAAGAAGUACAACCCCACCUGGCACUGCAUCGUGGGCCGCAACUUCGGCUCCUACGUGACGCACGAGACCCGCCACUUCAUUUAUUUCUACCUCGGCCAAGUCGCCAUCCUUCUCUUCAAGAGUGGUUAGACUCCAUCGCACUCUCUCGCUCUAAAUUUUUUGUUGUUAGCGGACGCAGUAUUUGUCAAGAAGCAAAUGGGACUUCUUCUCUCCAGCGACUCGUCUCAUAUGUGGAUACUACAUUCCUACCGUUAGGUAGCCUUAGUUUAUGUUGAUGUUAGCGAGUGGCUGGGGAGCUUGGGUCCACAUCAGUGGGUGAGUGAAUGAGGUGUGAUUGCUCUGUACAGAUAGUCCUCUAGCUUGCGGCGCCUGGCGCGUCGUGGUUCACUCACUGAUUCCCCGGCACCUUUGAUGUAUGUAAUAUGUGUUAGCUGAUAUAUGUUAAGAUUCAAUAUUGACUCGUGGUAAACAUUCACUUCUAGUGUAUAUUUAUAUUAAAAGAAAUUUUAGUUAAUUCCUAGACUUAUUACCUAGCAUAGAGUAAUAGUCAUAUAUGUUAGUACCUAACUAAAUUUAUUGUUUUUUUAAUUUCUUUGUUAAUACAUUCACUGGAGAUAUUUUCAAUACUUCUAAUUAUUAAACUUUCUUACAAACCGUA